CGACCAGCGGCGAACUUGGCAAAGCCGAUGAGGGGGCCAAUCCUUGCGGGACAACGAGUUUUGGGUGGGUCGGCGUGAGUUCUCCGCCAGGCUGCAGAUUCAGGUUAAUUUAGAGGGAAACAGGCUGUGUCAAUUAGCGGCAAGCCUCAGGCAAAAAUGCGCAGUGUUUACUCUCCUGCCGCGGAGAUGCCCGCUGGCGUCUCUAUGCGGGCGCCUGUUCCCGCUGCUCUUAGGUCAGCGGCCCGCAGCGGCCUGCACCUGCGCAAUGCGUCUUUCCACACGCACCGGCCGAGCGUGGUGGCCCCGGCGGCUGCCAAGGACCUGGAGCCCACUUCUGCGAGCAGCAACGGAGCCCCCAAGAACAACGGCGUGCAGUUCACUAAGCUGUCGACCACUGCCGUCCACGGCGGCGAGCGCGGUGGCCGUCCCCGCGUGGCCGACGCGCUGACCACGCCGAUUGUUCAAACCUCCACCUAUCACUUCCGCAACACUGCGGAGCUGAUUGAGUACAAUGAGGGUCGGUUCGAUUCGUAUGAGUAUGGGCGCUAUGGCAACCCGACCGCCCAGGCAUGCGAGAACAAGAUCAAGGCCCUGGAGGGCGCUGAGGACUGCCUGGUUUCGGCGUCGGGCAUGAACGCGGUGACCAGCAUGCUGCUGUCGCUGGUGCCGGCGGGCGGCCACAUCGUGACCACGUCCGAUUGUUACUGGCGCACCCGCCAGUUCAUGCAGAACUUCCUGCCCAAGAUGAACAUCGGCGUCAGCGUGAUUAAGCCCAACGAUCUGGAGGCUCUGCAGGAGGCGCUGGACAAGCACAGCGUGACGCUGUUCUUCUCGGAGUCGCCCACCAACCCCUACCUGCGCUGCGUGGACAUCCUCGCCAUCUCGCGCCUGUGCCACGCCAAGGGCGCCUUCGUGUGCGUCGACUCCACCUUCGCCACGCCCAUCAACACCCGCGCCCUAGAGCUGGGCGCCGACCUGGUGCUGCACUCGGCCACCAAGUACCUGGCCGGCCACAACGACGUGCUGGCCGGCGCGCUGUGCGGCAAGAAGGAGCUGGUGGAGAAGGUGCGCGAGUUCCACCACAUCAUGGGCGGCGUGGUGGACCCGCACGCCGCCUACCUGCUGCUGCGCGGCCUCAAGACGCUGGAGCUGCGCGUCACGCGCCACAACGCCAGCGCAAUGGAGAUCGCGCGGCGGCUGGAGAGCCACCCCAAGGUGGUCCGCGUCUGGUACCCCGGCCUGGAGUCGCACCCCGACCACGCCAUCGCCAAGCGCCAGAUGAGCGGCUUCGGCGGCGUGGUGUCGUUCGAGACGCGCGGCGGUCUGAACGAGUGCAUCAGCUUCAUCGACAACGUGAAGCUGCCGUACAUUGCGCCGUCGCUGGGCGGCGUGGAGUCGUUGAUAGAGAUGCCGGCGGUGCAGAGCUACUGGGGCUUUGGACCGGAGCGCCGCGCGCAGAUUGGCAUCAAGGAGAACCUGAUCCGCUUCAGCAUCGGCGUGGAGGACGUGGAGGACAUCUGGGCCGACCUGGUGCAGGCGCUGGAGUACGUGCCGUAAGGGGCCGGCAGUGCGGCAGCGGCGCAGGCAGAGCGGCGGCGGCGGCGCAGGCGGCGUAGGCGGCGCAGCAGUGGCAUGGCUGGGGGGAGGCAGUUUGCCGGCGUUGCGGAGGCUGCUGCCGAGGCAGGCGCAGUGCGGGGUCUGACAGCAGAGGCAGCAGCGGCAGGGCGGGGCGGGCGUGGUGAAGCUGUGGCUGGGGGCGGCGGGUAGCAGCAGGGGGCGGCGACGGCGGUUGCUCAGCAGGACUGGCUAGGGCUGCCGGGGCAUCUGCGGUCGCGGCUAGCCGGCUUUGCAGCAGCGGCAGGAAGGCGCACGCGACUGCGGCCGCCGCAGUUGCGGCCAGGCUGCUGGAAGUGCGCGUGCGCUCCGGCGGUGGCGCGAGCGGCUGUGGACAGCACGUCCGGGGUCAGCCGGCAUACGCAGCUAACCGUAAGCAACGGGGUCUGCUGCAAAGCAGGCGGACGUGGGUUCAGAGCGGCGCUGGACUGGGCGGGUACGGGCCAAGCGUGCGGGCGGGCGCUGCGGGACGACCGGUUGACCUGGUGCCUGCGUCGCGUCAUGACAUUUGAUUGAGGGGCUUUUGACGGUAGGCAGCGUAAAUGUGUGAGUAUGCGUGUGCACAAUUGGCCAUUUGGACUCCAAAUUUUGCCAGAUGCGGCGGUGCUGCAUGUGGGGUAGUUGCGCGGGGCCAUGUAUGAUGUGGCGUCUCCGCACACGAGUUGUUGACUUGGUACGUAUCACAGGCGGACUGGGGACACGUAUGCGGGUCGCGCGCUAUCGGGGAGCUUGAACCAGCGGCAGGGAAAGCAGCAGCAGUGUGUGCCCCAUGCAGCUAUGUACGGCAUGCGGCGCAGUGUCGGAACGGCUUGCAUGCACAUCUUGAGUAUGUAUUUGGGGCCACAGAAGGUAUAGACGGCAGCAGGUGCGCGUGUGUUUUGUAUGCGUGAUCGUGUGUUGUGCGUUUGCAGCGUCGCGCACUGUACAUCAGAUAUCAAGGGCGCUGCCGUGCGCUCGUGAGGUAGUGGGUAAAGAACAAACGAAUGACUGAACAAGUGGGCGUCGCGGACUGUGCGGAAGUGUGCGGCGGCAGGGCUCAGACGCGUGGCCGGCCCUUUGAUGUCCUAGAUACGUCAAUUCGGGUUCCGGCUGCAGGGUUGGAGGAACGCAGGGCGAAUAUAUAUUUCCGCGCCCCCCAAAGCCGUUUGCUGUCUGAUCGUAACGUUGAAGGGGCGGAGGCCGAAGCAGUGUACACGAAUUACAUCAUUCGUGGCUUGCAAGGCAGUCGCUAGGAGGCGGGUGUGUGGUGCGAGGAGUUGCGCGUGUGGUCGCAAGGCGGGCGGAGUAGAGCGGCACCACCAGGCGGGUGCGGGCCGCCCCGGUGCGUGUAAUGACUGCGUAGG